UUGAAUGUCCAAUUUAGCGCCAGUCAGCCAAUGCAUUUCACAAGUCAACGUUAUAUACCUUGUGCCAUCUCCCAUAUUACUUAGCUGUAACUUUGCGCUAUGCUUUCUAAUAAGCUGUCGAGGAUGGCAUACUGUUUUAACGUUGUAGUGUUGAGUUUAGCUAACUUGGCUAACGGUAAUUUCACAUGCUAACGUUAGCCACCGAGGCCGACCCGUAAACUUAGGUUACCUCAACGCCUCCGUUAUGUAAACGUCAAAGUAAACGCUAUCUUUCUUGAUUACUAUAUGCAUGUCGGACCGAUUUGUCUCAGAUGGGCCUAACUAUUCAGUUUCAACUAGUAUGGAUGUUGAUGACUGCAAUGGCCGGUCUUGCAUAUCAGCAGCUAGUGGAGACUCUUCAAUGGAAAAAGAAUUUUCUGGGGCCCUUGGAGGUGCAACAGUGAGCACCCCAAACAGCAAGGAGGCCUCCCCUAGUCGCUCCCUCAGUGCUAACUCCAUUAAAGUGGAGCUGUACAGUGAUGAAGACCCAGGUCGCAGUACUGAAGAUGAAAGAGGGGAGCGGGUAGAGGAAGGAGGUUCAGAGCAGGGAUCUGAGGCUGUCGGAGGCUACAGGGAGCUCACUAAUCCUGAAACCAUGCAAGCUGGAGCCACCAGACUUCCAAAUGGAAAGCUCAAGUGUGACAUCUGUGGAAUGAUCUGCAUUGGGCCUAAUGUUCUCAUGGUGCACAAACGCAGCCAUACAGGUGAGAGACCAUUCCAGUGUAAUCAGUGUGGCGCCUCCUUCACUCAAAAGGGUAACCUGCUCCGCCACAUUAAGCUGCACUCGGGGGAGAAGCCCUUUAAAUGUCCCUUCUGCAGCUAUGCCUGUCGAAGACGAGACGCGCUUACUGGCCACCUUCGCACUCACGCUGUGUCCUCUCCAACUGUAGGGAAGCCAUAUAAGUGCAGUUUUUGUGGCCGCAGUUACAAGCAGCAGAGCACCCUGGAGGAGCACCGUGAGCGCACCCACAGCUACUUACAGAGUCUGGAGUCGCAGCAGCCCUCCAGUGCACGGAAUCCAGGAGAGGAGGUGAGAGAGCUAGAGUUUAUACCAGACUCUCUACUGCAACCCUCCUCAGACAAGAUGGCAUUUAUCGAUCGGCUCGCCAACAGCAUCACCAAACGCAAGAGAUCCACACCACAAAAAUUUGUAGGACAGAAGCUCAUACGCCUCAAUCUUGCAGAUGCACCUUAUAAACUCAGUGCUGGAUUGGAUAAAGACGGAGAGAUGCACGCAGGGGACCUUGAAACCCUGCACUUCACUGGUCUGGGAGGAGAAUACGUGGGUGUAGCAGGUAAUGGAGGAGGAGGGGCGUCAGACACACUGAGGCCUCUACACCUUCCCACUACUCACCCUUCAUGUUUAUCAGAAUUCAGGCCGCUCCCCAGCUCUGUCGCUCUAGGCCCGAGGUUGGAUUGCACAGGGACUGGAGCUGCGGGUGUCGGGGGAAGGGAGGCGACAGAGGGUCACGAAGACCUACCUGCGAGUCGAAGUCACGCACCCUCACCUAGCAACGGUUGCCAGGACUCUACAGACACAGAGAGCAUGCCAGAUGAGCUUUGCAACAGUACCGCUCCGACCCUGCACAGCAACAACGGCCAUCACCUUCAACACUCAAACAACAACCACCACUCAGCGCCGCCUCCCGUUGCUCAUCACAGGAGUCAGGACAGACGCAGUCCCAGCCAUGCCAAAGACAGGGAGGUGGAAAGACAGGAUGGAGGCCACUCAGCCCUCCCACCUCUUACCCUCGCGCCAACCCCAAGCUCACCUACAGCGCCCUCCUCCACUUCUAGGGAGGCGUUUCGGGUUGUAGACGGGGAGGGGCGAGCUGUGCGCUCUUUUCGUUGCAAGCACUGCCGUGUGCUUUUCCUGGACCAUGUCAUGUUUACCAUCCACAUGGGCUGCCACGGUUUUCGUCAGCCUUUCGAGUGUAACAUCUGUGGCCACCGCAGCCAGGACCGCUAUGAAUUUUCUUCACACAUCGUCCGAGGGGAGCACAUCCUUGACUGAGGAUAAAGGGAGGUCAACCAGCUUCAUCUAGAGCUAUUUUUACACUGAGACAAGGACCUGGCUGAGUUUGGUCUGCACACGAGCUAAAGGAGCCACUGAUAUGAGUAUAUGAGUAUUUAAAACAGUUAGCAUGUCCCAGCAUUAAUGGCAAGCCCAUAUGUGUUUUCUAAAAAUAUAAUACUGGUUUAUUUUUAAAGCACUUUGAACAAUUAAUUCAAUGUAUUCUAAAGUAGAUGAAGAGCCAAUGCACUUUUUCAUCCGCAGAUGUGCCUUGCUCCAAAAUUCAGGAUUCAAACCUGAUGCACAAAUCACGGUAGACAAAUCGGACUUUUGUCCAUAUUCUGAAAACUGUCCCUUCUUGCGCACUUUAAUAGCUUAAUGUGAAGUUUAUAGGCUCACCUACAAUAUAAUCUGCAGAGAUUUUAAUCUAAAAGAUCCUACUCAAUGAAAUGAUUUCUUAACAAAUGUUACGUUCUGCAAUUGUUUUCCCAAUUUGGGAUUGACUGUAAUAGAUUUUUAUAAUAAGAAGUGAAGUGCAGACCAAACUCAAAAACCAGGUCCAAGUCGGAAUAGAUGAUUUUGAGGGGUUGUCCGUGAAUUAGAAAUGCACUUUUGUUUUGUGUGCGUGUGUGAGAGUGAGACAGUGACGGAACCUGCGUGUCAUGGAAGUAACCUGCAUAAGUAAAGUAGAAAAUGAAGGCCUUUGUGUGAAUGCUGUGUGCCGUGGUGUAUGAAAUGUUUGUUUUUCUUUUCUAUGACUGCUUUUGUUGCACUGAUACCUGCCAGAAUACUUUGAUUAUAUUAAACUAUUUUAUUGAAUACAUUAAUGACCCGCACAUUUCUCUCAAAAUGUGAGAAAAACUGAUGGAAAGUUUUUCUCACUAGGAAAGGAGUACGAGUAUCACUGCCACAAUUUUAGAGAUUACUGCAGAAAUUGGGGUAUUUACAAGUCGUUGACAUUUUCCCUUACAUCAAACUGCACACCGACACUAUUCUAUUUAUAUUUUAAAACUAUUUUGGUGUUAUCUCAUUAUAUUGUGCCUUUCUUCACCCUGAUCACAUCUUCUUGACCAGACUGUCAUAUCUUGAAUCAGGUCAUUGUGGGUGAAGUUACAAGAUAAUUUACUUACUCAAGUUGUUUUCCAGACACAAGUCUCAGUCUGAUAACUUUGCACAAUAUUUAUAUUCUCCCAUUAAACAAAAGUUGGGUUAGGGUUGAUUUUCAUUGUGUUGGCAAAGAACCAAUUGUGCUAAUUUAUCAAAGACUAAAUGUGCAUGGCAUUUGGCACAAGCUGCUAUGACAUGAAUGAGUGCAGUUAUUGACGAGAAAAAAAAAAAAAAAGGAUUUUAUAUUUUAUUUAACUUUGAACUAAUUUCAG